AUGAGCUGCUCGGACGUGGCCAUGCAGCAGCCCGCCCCGGCGGCGUGCGGGGCGCCCCGCUAUCUGGCCGGCGCCGCGGCCGGCUGCCCGCAGAAGAAGUUAGCUGUAUACAACAAGAUGCAGGAGUCUCUGGAAGUGACCCUUCCCAGCAAGCAAGAGGAGGAUGAGAAAGACCAGCCUGCUGAGAUGGAGUACCUUAACUCUCGCUGCGUCCUUUUCACUUACUUCCAGGGAGACAUUGGUUCGGUAGUGGAUGAACACUUCUCAAGAGCUUUGAGCCAAGCCAGUAGCUUCAAUCCAGAAACUGCCCUUACCAAGAGCAAGGCAGGGCUAAGUCCUCUGUGGAGAGAAAGCUCAACAAUUUCAAGCCAAAGGAGCAGUUUCCCAACUUCAUUUUGGACCAGCUCUUACCAGCCUCCCCCUCCACCAUGCUUAAGUGGAGUACACCCUGAUUUCCCCGUUACUGCACCAGGCACCUUCCCAACACCAGAUCCCAGCAGCUGGCCAGGACACGGCCUUCAUCAGACUGCCCCACCUCCUCCCCCUGCUGCAUCUGAAUCCUGGCAUUAUCCUUUAGCAUCUCAGGUGAGCCCUUCAUAUGCACACAUGCAUGACGUGUACAUGCAUCGCCAUCACCCUCAUCCACACAUGCACCAUCACCAUCCCAGCUCGCACCGCGACCCUCGGUAUGGGUCCCUGCUGAUGCCUUCAGUCCGCGCAGCCAGGAUUCCUGCUCCCCAGUGUGACGUGACAAAGACAGAUCCCGCUGCUGUCACCAGCGCUACCUCAGCAUGGGCUGGAGCCUUUCACGGAACGGUGGACAUUGUGCCAAGUUUUGGGUUUGACACAGGUCUACAGCAUCAGGACAAGAGCAAGGAAACUUCUUGGUUCUGAAGUUCAGCUAAAUUAAGACCAGCUAGAGCUGGAGUAAGCGCAGCUGGGCGGGCGAUAUAACAGUUGUUGACUCCUUCUGCAUGGGGCAAAGGACACACGUGAAGAUGAAGAGCCAACCAUUCUGGUUUUGCUAUUGAGCCUUUUGUUUGUAAGGCCGUUUAUGGGUCCCACAGUGUUGGAAAAAACCAAAAACCUAACUUUUCUUUCUUUCCUCAUCUGAGCCUGCUGCAG